GUCGUCAGAGGCGUAGCAGGCUUGAUCGGCAACACGCCACUCAUGCGAAUCGAGAGUCUGUCUGAGCUAACGGGAUGCGAGAUCCUGGGCAAAGCAGAGUAUCUCAAUCCCGCUGGCUCGCCGAAGGACCGUGUAGCGCUGCAGAUCCUACUCGAUGCCGAGAGCUCCAACCUCCUUAUCCCGCACAGCGGCGACACGGUCUUUGAAGGCACCGUCGGAUCCACUGGAAUUUCUUUGGCCACCUUGUGUCGCGCCAAGGGGUACAAGUGCGCCAUAGUCCUACCGGACGAUGUAGCUACGGAAAAGGCUCAGCUGCUCGAGAAGCUUGGAGCACAAGUCAAGAAGGUCAGGCCGAGGGGGAUUGUGGACCCAAGGCAUUUCGUCAACGAGGCGAGGGCGAAUGCGAUUGCAUUCGAAGAUGAAGAGGCUGAGAGGGAGAGGGACGGUCAGGAAGGGACGAGACGGCCGAGAGGCUUCUUCGCUGACCAGUUCGAGACGACCUCCAACUUCACUGCUCAUUAUCGUGGCACGGGACCGGAGAUCUGGGCUCAAUGCGGAGGUGGGAGCGACGAUACGAGGCGACCGCAGCUCGAUGCAUUCGUUGCAGGGGCGGGAACAGGUGGCACACUGAGCGGAGUAGCGGCUGCACUGAGGGAGAGAGAGGUCAAGCCACAAGCCUCUCGUGAAGCAGCUCUUGAAGAGCAUGCUAGCAUUCGCAUCGUCCUAGCCGAUCCUCAUGGCUCAGGCCUCUUCAACAAGGUCCACCAUGGCGUCAUGUACUCCUCGACCGAAGCCGAAGGUACGCGGCGUCGUCACCAAGUAGACAGCAUUGUCGAGGGAAUAGGCAUGAACCGCAUCACACGCAAUCUUUCCUUCGGCGUCCACCUGGUAGACGACGCCGUGCGCGUGCAAGAUGAGGAGGCGGUCCGCAUCAGUCGAUGGCUCAGCGUACGUGACGGGCUCUUCGUCGGGUCAAGCAGCUGCGUCAAUGUGGUUGCCGCGGUGAGGACUGCAUUGAGGUUGAAAAAGGAAUGGGAGGAGAAGGGAAAGGAGGGGAGGCCGACCGUCGUGACCAUUCUGUGCGAUUCGGGCGUGAGGCACUUGUCCAAGUUUCAUAAU